AUGGAGCUCAAAAGAUGUGAAACGACCCAGCUAUCACCUGAGAAUUUAUUGUCUUUAAUUCUUACCCCACGGGUGAGAUAUUACAUCUUAUGGGCAAAAGGGAGUAUACCUUUCUCGGCCUUUUGGCUAAGAUCAAGUGUAGUAUCUGUUCUUAUCAGUUUAAUAUCUGAUACGAGGGUCAUCGACCCUCACGAUAUUAAUCUUAUUUCUUUCAGGGUGCGGGUCCAAUUCGUCAGCUUGCUGUCGAGGAUCUGUCAGUGUCGCCUUGGUAUUGCACUACCUCCCAGGCCGGCGCAGCCCACCCUCCCAUCCGGGAGACCAAUAAGAAUGCUCUUUCGAUGUGAAAUUGCGUUUCAGCUGAAAUGCACUGGGGAAAGUUGA